AUGCAAGAUAUAUUAUUGAAUAUAAUUCAAAUUAUGACACAUGAUUUAACAAAUAAAGUAGAAAAUAGCCCUGAUGACAUGCAUAUUUUAUUUAAGCUUGGAGAAUUUUACCAGGAAAAUAAUCAAUACCACAAAUCACUUCAACAUUUAAAUAAGGCAUUGAAACUAGAGGCUGAAAAUAAUAUUACAGCAUUAAAACUUCGUGCCAAUACAUAUAUUAGAAUGGAUUUGAUAAAUUUUGUGUUGACUUAUGUAAAAUAUUGGAAACGAAAAUAUCGUUUAUCUAAAUCAAAAAUGUGUGCUACAAAAAUUGAAAACUUUGCUGGAACUAAAGCUGUUAAAAGACUUAGUUCUUAG